GCGGUAAGAGUGUGUCAGUGCGUACUUCUGGGACACGUUGUGCACUAUUUCCAGACCGAGGGCUCUGUUAGCUCCAGACAUGCGACCAUUUCGGCGGUGGGUAUAGUCGUGUGUUCGGCAUAUUUCGUGACAUCCAAUCACAUCGACUUUGUUUACCUCAUGAGAGUGGGUCUCAGAAUGAGGGCCGCCUGUUGUGCACUCAUGUAUCGAAAGGCAAUGAGAUUAAGUCAUUCAUCGCUGGGACAGACACCUGUGGGUCAGAUCAUUAACAUGAUGUCCAACGAUGUCAACCGUUUUGAUGAGGCAAUGAGAUUAAGUCAUUCAUCGCUGGGACAGACACCUGUGGGUCAGAUCAUUAACAUGAUGUCCAACGAUGUCAACCGUUUUGAUGAGUUUGCAUUUUUCUUACAAUCAUUAUUUGUGGCACCACUUCACUCGGCACUCGUUAUAUACCUGCUUUGGGAGCGCAUGGAGUGGGCCUGUCUGGCCGGGAUGGCCGUCCUAUUAUUGUUCAUACCUUUCCAGCUAUUAAUGGGACGUAUGUUUCAAAGGGCGCGACGAAAUACGGCUAAAUUAACGGAUACCCGGAUCAAACUAAUGUCCGAAAUUAUAUCGGGUAUGCGAGUCAUCAAAAUGUACGCCUGGGAGCAGCCAUUCGCGCAGUUAGUCUCCGAGGCGCGAAGAAAAGAGAUUCACGGCAUAAGGCAAUCGAGUUUUCUAAAAGGCAUUAACCUAUCGCUGUCUAUAAUAACCGUCCGAAUCAUACUAUUCGUGUGUUUUCUGACGUAUAUAUUGAUGGGUAGGAAGUUGUCGGCGGAAGUGGUGUUUGUGUCCAUGUCUUUCUUCAAUACUAUGCGCUGGUCGGUCACCAAAUUCUUUCCGAGUGGUGUGGCCGCCACGGCAGAGCUCAUGGUUGUCAUCAACAGAAUACAGGUAUUUAUAAUCCAAUUGAUCCGCAACGUGCAGAAGAUCUGUAUGACUGAGACAAUGGGAAAGUGUGUAAACGAUGGAGAGAAAGGCGUUUUCGUUGAUAAACUCACCGCUCGUUGGAGUGAUGAAAGUGUUGAGCCAACCCUUAAAGACAUCUCUGUUUGUGUCAAACCGGGAGAACUGUUGGCUAUCGUGGGAUCAAGUUCACUAUUGCUGUCAAUCCUGAAUGAGUUACCCCUGGAGUCGGGUUCUGUGGGAGUGAGGGGUCGGGUGUCGUACGCCCCGCAAGAGUCGUGGGCUUUCAUAGGGAGUGUCCGACAGAACAUUGUCUUCGGCUCUCAAUAUAUGGAAGAGAAGUACAAUCGAGUGGUGAAGGCGUGCGCUUUGGACAGGGAUUUCAAACGGUUAGCCUUUGGAGACCAAACGCUGGUGGGAGAGCGGGGGGUGUCGUUAAGUGGGGGUCAGAGGGCGCGCGUGAGUCUGGCCCGCGCUUUGUAUCACUCGGCAGACAUCUACCUCCUGGACGACCCCCUGUCCGCAGCGUGCGCUUUGGACAGGGAUUUCAAACGGUUAGCCUUUGGAGACCAAACGCUGGUGGGAGAGCGGGGGGUGUCGUUAAGUGGGGGUCAGAGGGCGCGCGUGAGUCUGGCCCGCGCUUUGUAUCACUCGGCAGACAUCUACCUCCUGGACGACCCCCUGUCCGCAGUGGACAUACAUGUGGCCAAACAUCUCUUCCAGAAGUGUUGUAUGGAAUACCUCAAAGACAAGGCCCGCAUAUUAGUCACCCAUCAGAUCCAGUUCCUCAGAGACGCCCAUAAGAUACUGGUGCUCGACGACGGCAAAUGUGUGGCUCUGGGCUCGUAUGAUGAGCUCAUGGCGUCCGGCAUUAAUCUCAUGUCAUACCAUAAACCUAAUGAAGACCUGCACCAUAAACCCGACCCAAACAUGGCGUACAGACGUGUGAAUAGAUCCGUCCCUUCCUCGCCAUCCAUUUCCCGUUGUGUCGGCGAGGGAUCAGUUGUGACCGGAAAUGACAAUAACGUCAAUAUAGUGGACAUCAAAGAGGAAAGGGAGGAACAGAGGGUUAAAUCCGAAACCAAAAUGACCGGAUCUGUCGAGACGAGUGUGUACUGGGAGUACAUAAAAGCGGGCGCUGGGCCUACGCUUUUCAUUGUCACCGUUUUGUCCGCAUUUAUAGUUCAGGUGCUAUACCAGGGCGGGGAUACAUGGCUCACCCGUUGGACAAACUCCGAAAGCGAUGCCAAACCCGUGGACGAGACGUUUAGUCUAAUGGUGUAUUCGUGUCUAAUCGCAGCCCUUUUGCUAUCGGCGCUCAUAAGCACCGCAUGUUUUUACGCGAUGUGUAUGCGAUCGUCGUACGAUAUGAUCCGCAACGUGCAGAAAUUCGGACGUAUACUAAAUAGGUUUACAAAAGACACGGGUAUUGUCGAUGAGCUCCUGCCCUCAAUUGCUUUUGAUUUUAUUAUAUCAAUAUUACUGGUAGUCGGAAACCUUAUUGUCAACGCUAUUGUCAAUUGGUACCUGGUAUUUCCGGCCGCACUUCUGUUACUACUGGUGUUUAUGGGUCGCUAUUUCUACAUUAGGGCGGCCCGUGAUAUCAAACGCUUGGAGGGGUUGUCCCGGAGUCCUGUCUAUUCGCACGUGAGUACAACACUAACGGGUCUGACAUCCAUCCGGGCGUUUGGGACACAGGAUGUGUUUGAGCGCCAGUUUGAGUGCCACCAAAAUGCCAACACUUCCGCCUCCUUCCUACUCAUCGUCACCGCCAGAGCUUUCGGUUUCCUUAUGGACUGGAUUUGUGUCUUAUAUAUCAGUGCUGUCGUCGCCUUUAUUAUGACUUCCGAUGGCAUUACCGAUGGAUACGCGGGCCUUGUUUUGUCGUGUUGUAUGGAAUACCUCAAAGACAAGGCCCGCAUAUUAGUCACCCAUCAGAUCCAGUUCCUCAGAGACGCACAUAAGAUACUGGUGCUCGCCGACGGCAAAUGUGUGGCUCUGGGCUCGUAUGAUGAGCUCAUGGCGUCCGGCAUUAACCUCAUGUCAUCCCAUAAACCUAAUGAAGACCUACACCAUAAACCCGACCCAAACAUUGCGUACAGACGUGUGAAUAGAUCCGUCCCUUCCUCGCCACCCAUUUCCCGUUGUGUCGGCGAGGGAUCAGUUGUGACCGGAAAUGACAAUAACGUCGAUAUAGUGGACAACAAAGAGGAAGGGGAGGAACAGAGGGUUAAAUCGGAGACCAAAAUGACCGGAUCUGUCGAGACGAGUGUGUACUGGGAGUACACAAAAGCGGGCGCCGGACCCUCGCUUUUCAUAGUCACCGUUUUGUCCGCAAUUACCGUUCAGGUGCUAUACCAGGGCGGGGAUAUAUGGCUCGCCCGUUGGACAAACGCUGAAAGUGAUGCCAAACCCGCGGACGAGACGUUCAAUCUAAUGUAUUCGUGUCUAAUCGCAGCCCUAUUGCUAUCGGCGCUCAUAAGCACCGCAUGUUUUUACGUGAUGUGUAUGCGAUCGUCGGUAAAGCUAUACAACAGUAUAUUCUAUGCGCUCUUGAGAGCUCCCAUCAGUUUCUUUGAUAGUCAACCCAUUGGACGUAUACUAAAUAGGUUUACAAAAGACACGGGUAUUGUCGAUGAGCUCCUGCCCUCAAUUGCUUUUGAUUUUAUUAUAUCAAUAUUACUGGUAAUCGGAAACCUUAUUGUCAACGCUAUUGUCAAUUGGUACCUGGUAUUUCCGGCCGCACUUCUGUUACUAUUGGUGUUUAUGGGUCGCUAUUUCUACAUUAGGGCGGCCCGUGAUAUCAAACGCUUGGAGGGGAUGUCCCGGAGUCCUGUCUAUUCGCACGUGAAUACAACACUAACGGGUCUGACAUCCAUCCGGGCGUUUGGGGCACAGGAUGUGUUUGAGCGCCAGUUUGAGUGCCACCAAAAUGACAACACUUCCGCCUCCUUCCUACUCAUCGUCACCGCCAGAGCUUUCGCUUUCCUUAUGGACUGGAUUUGUAUCUUUUAUAUCAGUGCUGUCGUCGCUUUUAUUAUGAGAUCCGAUGGCAUUACCGAUGGAUACGCGGGCCUUGUUUUGUCGUCAGCCUUAACGCUGACGGGAAUGACUCAAUACGCCAUCAAAUGCUCGGCCGAUCUCGAGUCCCAUAUGACAGCCGUCGAGCGUAUUGUCGAGUACUCGAGGAUCACACCGGAGGCUGCGCUCGAGUCCACGGCCGACCGGAAACCUCCUCCCGAUUGGCCACAAAACGGUGAAAUAGUGCUGAAGGAUAUGAGCCUUCGGUACAACGAAUCGGCGAAUAAAGUCCUCAAAGGAGUCACUGUUUGCCUGAAAGGCGGCGAAAAGGUAGGAGUCGUCGGCAGAACGGGUGCCGGAAAGUCGUCCCUCAUAUCAGCCCUCUUCAGACUCACCGAACCCGAGGGACAGGUACUCAUCGACGGGGUCGACGUGCGCGCCAUUGGUCUGCACGACUUGAGGCGUCGCAUAUCAAUCAUACCUCAGGAGCCGACGCUCUUCACGGGUAGUGUCCGUAGAAAUUUGGAUCCCUUUGGCGAUCGGCCGGACGACCAGCUCUGG